GUGUCGCACGCGCGGACAGUUCGGCCCGUCGGUAGAUGGCGGUAACCCAAGCAAGCUGAGCCAGCGAGCAGGGGAGGGCUCUCGGCCACUCGGGCUCCGGUGUUUGCGGCAGGAGGAGCAGCAGCAGCAGCAGCAGGAGCAGGAGCAGCAGCGGCAGCGGCAGCGCCGACGCACUGUGAAGGACACCGGGAGAGAGCGGCACCUCUCCGGCUCGAGCCCCCCUUCCACCUCCCCGGGCCCCCCUCCCCCCCUUCCCUUCCCCGCCUCUAAACGCGCGCAGCCAUGGAGGACAAAGCCAACUCGUUCUCCGGCGCCAAGGAGGAGAAAGCGGACGGGAAUAACGCCUUCCAGCGGCAGGACUCCAUCCAGAAGAACAACAGCGCGGUCGGCCAGAACACCAAGGAGCACGGCAACUCGGUGGGCUUCAAGGGGGAGCGCGACGAGGCCAUGGUGGGCUUCGACGACCUGGAGGCGGCGUCCAGGCAACACGGGUUCAUGCAGAGGCAAUUCGGGGCCAUGAUGCAGCCCGGAGUCAAUAAGUUCUCCCUGCGGAUGUUCGGCAGCCAGAAAGCGGUGGAGAAGGAGCAGGAGCGGGUGCAGACGGCCGGCUACUGGAUCAUUCACCCGUAUAGCGAUUUUAGGUUCUACUGGGACUUGAUAAUGCUCAUCAUGAUGAUGGGGAAUCUAAUCAUCAUUCCUGUGGGAAUAACCUUCUUCUCAGAGCAGACCACCACCACCUGGCUGGUGUUCAACGUGGCCUCGGACACCAUCUUCCUGGUGGAUCUGGUCAUGAACUUCAGGACGGGCAUCGUGAACGAGGAAAGCUCCGAGAUUAUCCUUGACCCCAAGGUCAUCAAGAUGAACUACCUGAAGAGCUGGUUUGUGGUGGACUUCCUGUCGUCCAUACCGGUGGAUUAUAUCUUUUUGAUCGUGGAGAAAGGCUUCGACUCGGAGGUAUACAAGACGGCGCGCGCCCUGCGCAUCGUCCGAUUCACCAAGAUCCUCAGCCUGCUGCGCCUGUUGAGACUGUCUCGACUCAUCCGAUACAUACAUCAGUGGGAGGAGAUCUUCCAUAUGACCUAUGACCUGGCAAGCGCCGUGGUAAGAAUCUUUAACUUGAUAGGCAUGAUGCUGCUGCUGUGCCACUGGGACGGCUGCCUCCAGUACCUGGUGCCUCUGCUCCAAGAUUUCCCCCCUGACUGCUGGGUGUCGCUAAACGGUAUGGUUAACGUAUCCUGGGGCAAACAGUACUCGUACGCCCUCUUCAAAGCCAUGAGCCACAUGCUGUGCAUUGGCUACGGCGCCCGGGCGCCGGUGAGCAUGUCGGACCUGUGGAUCACCAUGCUGAGCAUGAUCGUGGGCGCCACGUGUUACGCCAUGUUCGUGGGCCACGCCACCGCGCUCAUCCAGUCGCUGGACUCCUCGCGGCGGCAGUACCAAGAGAAGUACAAACAAGUGGAGCAAUACAUGUCCUUCCACAAGCUUCCGGCGGACAUGCGGCAAAAGAUACAUGACUAUUAUGAACACCGCUACCAGGGCAAGAUCUUCGACGAGGACAACAUCCUUAGCGAACUCAAUGACCCGCUCAAAGAGGAAAUUGUCAACUUUAACUGCCGUAAGCUGGUCGCCACCAUGCCGCUGUUUGCAAACGCCGACCCCAACUUUGUGACGGGGAUGCUAAGCAAGCUGAAAUUCGAAGUCUUCCAGCCCAACGACUACAUCAUCCGCGAGGGCACUGUCGGCAAGAAGAUGUACUUCAUCCAACACGGCGUCGCCAGUGUCAUCACCAAGUUCAACAAGGAGAUGAAGCUAACCGACGGGUCCUACUUUGGAGAGAUCUGCCUUCUCACCAAGGGUAGACGGACAGCCAGCGUGCGGGCCGACACGUACUGCCGCCUUUUCUCGCUGUCGGUGGACCACUUUAACGAGGUUCUGGAGGAGUACCCCAUGAUGCGCCGGGCCUUCGAGACGGUCGCCAUCGACCGCUUGGAUCGCAUCGGGAAGAAGAACUCAUUGUUGCUGCAGAAGUUCCAGAAGGACUUGAACGCCGGCGUAUUCAACACCCAGGAAAACGAGAUCUUGAAGCAGAUCAUUCGCCAGGACCGGGAGAUGGUGAUGAUGGUGGACCGCAAGCAGUCGCUCAGCGGGAUGAACUCGACGCCCAUGUCCGGCAAUUCCAUCAUUAACUCGCCGGCGCAACCGCCCUUCGCCGCCGCCUUCGGGAUGAGUCAGUUCCAGCAGUCGUCGGUACCUUUGACCUACAGCGCUUCAGCCAUCGCCAACGCAUCCGCCGCCCGCAUGCUGCCGGCCGCCGCCGCCGCGGCCCUCUACCCCGCCGCCAGCGUUUCCCACCUGGGUUCGUCCUCGGCCAACCCGCAGACGCCGCUCCAGGGGGCCAUCAUGUCGCCGUGCUCUUUCACGGCCGCCAUGUGCAGCCCGCCGGUACAGACGCCGCUGGCCAGCCGCAGCUUCCAAUACGGCUCUCCCACGGCGUCCCAGCUGUCGCUCAUCCAGCAGCCCGUCGGCCAGCCGUCUCUCGCCGGCCAGCAGUCGCAACUCGGCCAGCAGACGCCGGUGUCGGCCGCGGGCGGAGGCUCGACGCAGCAGCAGCAGCAGGUCCCUUCGCCCCAGCGAGGGGAUGUUCACAAAAGCACGCAGGCGCUGCAGUCUGGCAGCUUGAGUCGAGACGUGCGACACUUAUCGGCCUCGCAGCCAUCGCUGCCCCACGACGCGUCGCUUGGGCCCAGGGGGCACCAGGCCUCGGGCGACUCGCUGGCAUCCAUCGCGCCGCCCCCGGCGACGGUGGCGGCGGCGGUGGCCAUCCAGGGGUUGAGUCUCCAAAGCGGCAUCCGCACCACAGUUCCCCAGCGGGUCAAUUUGUUCCGGCAAAUGUCAUCAGGGGCCCUGCCACCUGUGCGCUCCACAUCGGCGGCGGCGGCGGCGGCAGCAGCGGCGGCGGCGGUCUCGUCGUCAUCGGGCCAGCACAGGGAAUCCCCCGGCUCUCGGAGAGAUUCUGUCCUGAGCAGUACGGAGACUGAGCAAGACAAAAUGCGCUUUGCGUCCAAUUUAUGAUCCUUUUUCCCCUUUUGCUUUUGGAUUUUUUUUAUUUUAACCAUGGAGGAGCUCCAAACUACAUCGUUUUCUCUUCAACCUCAUUGAAAUCGUGUACAUAGCGAGCCCUUGUAUGAUAUUUUAGGAUCAUUGUCACCCUACUUAAGAAUGUAUAUUAUACAGAUAAUCUUUUUUCUUUUAUGCCAUAACUAUGACUAAAUACACAUCUGGUAUAUGGCCUCUGUGUAUACGUGUGUGUGUGCGUGUGUAUAUACACACACACAUACAAAUAUGGUACGAAUGAGAACGUUGGGAGUAUUGGCGAGUGCAUGUGACUGUCUGUGCGUUGAAAUCCAAUUCUAAAAUAUUUCGCAAUGGCAAUUGGAAAAAAAAAAUCUGUAGUCUAAAAAAAAAAAAACAUGAGUCUUCCUUUCUGAGAAAUAUAAUGAAUUAUAUACAAUGUAUGAAUUCUUUUUUUAUAUAUAUUUAUGAGUUGUUAUUUUUAUUUUUUGCAUUACGGAUUGUGACUUCCUUUUCCACCGAGGAAGAGGAGAAGCAGCGUUAAGCGCCACUGUGGAAUCAUACGUGCAAAGUAUCUUUAAAAAAGAAGAAGGAAAAAAAAAAAAGAACAAACAAUCAAACAAAACAAAGCACACGCCCCCAUGAAGGAAUUUUCUGGACUUUCAGAAACCAACACCGUACAGAAAAGUGUCUGCAACCUCGACAGUGUUAAGGGAACGAAUAACAGAAAAUGCUGCUUUAAGACGCGUGUGACAGAUGGACGAAAGGACGGAUGAAGGGUGCGUUUGUUUUCUAUUCCUCAUUUGGGAUGGUUGAAGUGUGACGUCACGACAAAAGAGAAAAAGAAAGCUAUGUUGUAUAUUUAUAAUAUUUAUAAACUAAAGAAUUAUCACCAUUAUGCAAUAGACUGUGACAUAAAAAUUACCUAAUACGUGUGCUGUAAAUAAUUUUUGUAGAGCUAGUAUUUACAGAUACUGUGUGGUGCAUUCUCUCUAUCAUAAACAAAUGUCUUACUUCUGUCGGGGAACCUAGCUAACCCACCUGCAAGCGACAAAGCUGACAAACGAACCUUAAUGCAAAAAUAAUAAUAAUAACUAAAUGCAGCAUGCCGACGAACCGGCUUAACGAGAAUCCCGUUUUGUUCAAAAGUGAUUUUCUUUUCGUGAUAUGUUCUUUGACACAUUUUUUUUAAAUACCUUGAUUUAGUUUUGCCGCACUUUGGACGGUAAAAAAAACAAAACCUUGAACAGGUCUAUGAUGAACUAACUAGUUUCCACAUAUAUUGGCUGUUUUUCUAAAUUGAGUGUUGUUCUCAUUAUAUAUUUCUUUAGCUUUUAACUUGCAGUUAAUUUUAGUCUCGGAGUUGAAUCGCAGCACAUGCUGUUGACGUCAUACGAACGAUAUGACGUCAACAUCAGUUGCGGGGAGCAAAAAAAACCAAAAACAAAACACUGAAUGGUAAAAGAGGUUCAGGGAGAUGAUACAGCACCUCCUGUCACUGGAGUUGACGACGUUCAUGACUUCUAUUCUUCAAUUCUCAUGUUCUUCUUCUCAUCUUAUAGUUGAGGCUGCUACGUCCCGUCGCAUUCCGACCAUGACGACACUUUUAUCCGCAGAUUUGGAUUCUAUUUCGAACGAAACAGCCACCGGGGCGUUUUUUUUCCUCUCAAAUUUUGAAACAAUUCACGACUUGAAGCUUUACCCAAAACAAACAAAAAAAGGCUGCAGAGCGCUGCUGUUUGCAUUAAGGUUCUACGUCUCAUGUUAAAUCUUUCCCCUUGGGCUCGCAUACGCUGAACCAACCCCAAAAACAGACGCAGAAGCGUCCGAGCAAAGAUCCGGUUCACAUCCGAUCGGGCGGGCCCUCUUUCCGGCUUCCGGCGCGUUCCGUCAAUCGGGUGGUGAAGCUUAUCCGAGCCCUUCAGGGAAUGUGCGUUUGGCUACCAGUUUGUGUCGAUACUGUACUGAUAUGAUCCCAACGUCGCUGUCAAUGAAAGCAUGCACUGUCACCAAAAAAAAAAAAAAAAAACUAACAAAAAAAAAAACAAAACAAUGUUGACGUUAAAUGUUGUUUGAUUCUGUUCAUUGUGCGUCCGCCUCGGUGUCGUCUGUGCGAGCAUCGACUUUUCACACGGACAUUCUUACGUAUUUGUGCCUAAACAACAGCCAUGUUCCGCCCUUCUUCGGUUCAUCCUGACUUUCCUCUACGACCCGUUAUAUGUCUCUUGUGUUUUUUUUUUUUUGUUAUUGUUUUCUUCAGACGGGAAAGGACUUUGCGACGACGGCCAAAUGUCUCACGGCAUUCAGCUUUUUCAAGCAGCUUUCUUUUCUCUCUUGUAUUCACGCUAUUAUCUGCAAAGUGGAUUUUUUUGGGGGGGUGCUGGGGUGGUGCAAUGCAAUCUUAUCGCAAGUAAUAUCACACACGACAAGUUGUACUCAUGGCGAGCACCUUUCUUACAUUUUUUUGUUGUUGUUGUAGCUAGCCACUGAUAUUUGUGUAAGGAAACCGGCCAAAGCAAAAAAAAAUGUCUUGCUUUACAAAUUGCACUUUUCCAGUAGAAAGCUGAACAUAUUUUUUUGGGGGGGGGGUGGCAGAUUUCCAACUCGAGCACUUAAUCGUGAAUCUGCCGUCGUUCCAUAGGAAUGAGUGAUGAUGCAUUACAGGACUUGUUUUUAUUUUUUGCCGUUUAAAUUUGAUUUUAUUUUAUUUUUACAUAUACUUGCCUUCGGAGGGAGUGCUUCCCAGCUAUGUGCUUUAAUUUUUUUUUUUUUUGUCUUUCCUCACUGUACCGAUCACAGCUACCAGACGGGCAUUAAUGGCGACGUAACAAGCUUACACAUUAGAAGCGUAGAGACCCUCAACAAGCCAGCACAUAUGUUUGUAUUUAUAUUCUCGAUUUGGUUCCAUUUUUUUUAAAUUUUUUUUUUUGUCGUCAUUCGUCGGUUUGUUUGGUUUAGGCGGAAGAAAUAUAGAGAUGCAAAAAGAUUUUCCGCAGAGGACGAGAGCCACAUUUCAGUUUUCGUGAGUUUCCUCGCGGAGGACAAGAAAGAUUCAUGUAAACUUUCUUACAACAAUAUGCAGACAAACAGUGUUUGUCAAAAAAUCCUUUUGAUUUUUCUUUUUCUUUUUGGUUUCGUUUUGUUUGUAAAUAAUAAACCUUUAAGAUAUAGAAAAUAAACGACAUAUUGUCAUUUCACGCGA